AUGUUCAACACUCUGCGACUCGUAGCAACACGGCUUUCCAGCCCCCCGACGAGUGGAAGGAUGGUCUUAACCGCACUCAAGGCCCAGCCGAGAACCGCGAGAACUAUAGAGCCACACAACCGCUAUCUCAUCAACGUCACAAAAACACUCACAGGACCUGAUUCAUCAGCACAAGACAGCCUUGGUUCCUCGUUUAGCGACAACCAAAGCAGAUAUGGCAGCCCUCACCAAGAUAACCCAUUCCGAGGCUUCAUACGAGAUUCGAGAAAGACCAAGAUGGGCUACAAGUACGAGUCGCCCAGAAGGAAUGCCGGACAACAAGUAACAUCUCCGACCUCCUUCAAGUCGUAUCUAGCAUCCCUUAGGAAUUUUAGAAGUCUAUUCACGCAAGUCGUCGAGGUCCUUGACAACCCGAGAGAAUAUGCAAUCAACCAAUGGACAGAUCGCGAGGAGGGUUUUGAUGGGCUGCCGCAAGGCCAAGACGAGAUUUUAAGACGGCUUCGGGCUGUGGAAAGGCGCCAGGAACUUCAUACAAAUAUGGUGUAUUGCGUUAUGAGUGGGUUUGUGCUCGGGACUGCCCUUUUGAUUAUUGCGGCUGUUGCUGCUAGCGAGAUCGGAGACAAGGGGAAUAGCAAAAGAGAGCCAGCGGGAAAAGAUGGAAAAGCUCACUACUAGGUAAUGAGGUUUACCUGAUAUGAAUGCAUUCGCGGAUGUACUAGAUACCUGGGAAGCCUGCGAGACCGGAGAGCCUGUCAAGAGAAGCAAAGGCAAGAGAAGCACGGAUCAAACAUGCACUCAUGCUGGUGGUUAGGGUGUCAUAAUAACAGUCACAGCAUCAUUCAAACA